AUGUAUUGUAAUCAACAACCUCCAUUACUAUUGAUUCCAAGUGAAGAGAGAUAUACUUGGAAUUUAUACAACGUCCUAGAUAAUCAGUUCCUUGAUUACCAAGUAAGAUUGCCACAUAAGCGAUUUUGCGGAUCUUCAGAAGGAUGGUUAAUAGCUGUGGAAAGAGAUUUGAGGGUAACCCUAAUAAAUCCAUUCCGUAGGGUUAAAGGAACAGAUAAGAAAAACUCAAUCAUUCGUCUUCCUGCACUACAUGUUCAAGAGGAAAUAAGGGAGAGCUGGGUUACAAAACGUAAAUGUAACUAUUAUGUCUACAAAGCUAUCAUGUCAGCAGAUCCAAUAUUAAAUGCAAAGGAUUGCAUUGUUACGGUCAUAUAUGAGGAUUGUAAUCAAUUGGCUUUUAUGAGGCCUAGUAAAGACGCGACAUGGACCUAUGUUAACCCAAACUUGUCUAGGAUUCAAGAAAUUCUUCUUGUUGAUCAAAACAAGUUGUACGCUAUUCAUAAUUGGGAUGAGGAGGAUUUUCACAAACUUUCAACUUUUGAAAUAAGUACUCAGUCUAGCUACACAUCCAAUCCAAAACUAGUCGAAAACUACAUUUUAUCAGAAGACGAUUAUCUCUGGUUCAAGACGUAUCUGCUGUAUUCUAUUGAAAGAGAAUUGCUGAUGAUUUCCAGAUAUCGCAUCUGUACUGGUAAGGGAGGUCCGCCGGACACAAGGAAAUUCAAAAUUUACAAAUUGGAUUUUGAUAGGUGGGAGUGGAUUGAGAAAGAAACCCUAGGUGAUAUUGCUCUCUUUGUGGGUGAUAAUUUUCCAAUAUCUGUGCUGGCUUCAAAGUUUCCAGGAUGCAUGCCGAAUUGUAUAUACUUCAACCAUGAUCAUGAUGAAAUCGGUUAUGGUACUGAUCCUCUUACUGAUUUUGGUGUCUAUGAUGUCGCAAGUCAAGUUGUUUCACAGCCUUACAACACAUGUGCGAUGACCCUGGUGAAGAUGGCCAAAAAACCAACUAUUUGGGUUGUACCACCUUUCCAAGCAAAAUAG